AUGUCGCCUCCACAUUCCUAUACGAUAGACGACGACGGCGACGACAGCGACAUCUGUCCUGUCUGCGACGGCGAGUGCACCUGCCAUCCCCCAACCCAUGCUGCUCCCCGCCCACCCCCACCCACUCCCAAGCCCGGCGUCCCCCUCUCCAUGGCAGAGCUCAGUCUCAUGUAUGCAGCGGGCUCCUCGUCCCGCAGCUCUUCUUCCUCUGGCCCACCCUACCCAUCCUCAUCGGCACCCACAUCCACACCCAGCACAAGCUCGUCCACAUCCACAUCGAAGCCAUCGCUCAAGAUAAAACUCACAGUCCCACCCAGUCUCCUGGCAAAGCGCCGUCAGUCCCAACCGCCCCAUGCAGCAAAAUCGUACAAGAAUCACGCAGAGACGACGUCCGACUACGCAAACGCCGGAUACACCAGCGCCUCAGACCCCCCUGCAUCCUCGGCCCCAGUAAGCACGGCCCCCGCCCCCAAAAAGCGCGGUCGCCCCCCAAAGUCUCUCGCCCGCCAGAAUCAGCAGCAUACAUCCACCCUCUAUGCCUCCGCCCGCUCGCCCCCGUACAAGCCUCUCAACCCCAAAACAGCCGCCCCGGGCAAACAUCCAAAGUCAAUCAAGGCCCGCCCGAGCCAGACUCACAACAACCACAUCAAGCCCCGUCCAGGCGCCCUCUCUCACCCACACGCGCGCAAGAAGCCUGUCAAGAAGAAGCGCGUGCUCCAGAGCGACGACGAGACCUCGUCUCUCUCGUCCGACUCUGACGUCGCCAUGGCCUUGGCGGGCCCCCAUGUGCUGCACCGCAAAAAUGUAAACGCGGGUGCCGCUCCUACGGUCAUGGCCGUCGCCGACCUCCCGACCUUUGUAUCUGCCUCGGCCCUCUCCUCCUCCCUCUCGUCGACUAAUUCAUCCUCGUCCUCGUCGUCGCUGUCAGAGUUUGACUCGGACUCGGACAUCGAGGCAGAGGAGGAGAGCUUUAUUCUCGCGGACGUGCAUGACAAGGCGCGCGUUAAGCGCGAGCUUUUGGGCGGUGGCGAGAAGCGGAAUGGAGGGCGGAACAACGACUGGGUGAUCCGCCCUCGCAAGAAGAGCGUUGGCCCGAGCGACGUUGAGAUGGACGUGGAUAGCGAUGCGACCGAGGAAGACGACGACGAAGAUGAAGAUGAAGACGAGGCAGAUGCGGAUAACGACGAGGCGGAUGCGGAGGGUGAGGAUGAGGAUGAGGAGACGGAGGAGGAUGUCACACUGGGAUCGUCUGCUGCGCAGAUGCAACUCGCGCAGAUGCAAAUGCAGAUGAUGCAGGAUGAAGAAGAAGGAGAGAGCACCGACGAUCAUCGCCACCGCUAUGUUGGUCUCGCAACUGGCUGGUCAGAGGAGGAGGAUGAGUCCAGCUUUGACGCCGACUUGUUCUUUGCCAAUCUGUCAGACACCGACUCGAUCUCCAGCAAGAGUUCGUCGGGGACCGCUGGGUUCAACAGCGCGCCACGCAACGGCUUCAGUCAUGCGCAUUCACCAUUUGCGUCAUCGAUGGGUGAAGAGGGCGACCAGAGCGACAUCUCGUGCGCGGCAUCAGAUUUCACAGAGCGCGGGUUCGGCGCAGCCGGCGGCGACAACGCAUUGAAAAGACUCAAGCCCUUCGAGGCUCUGCCUUUCGAGGUGACACAAGGCUGGGACGGCCAGAUCGUGUUCACAAACGGAACAGGCGAGACGCAAAACUCGACGUUGUCGAUGGUCGACUUUGACUUUGAGGCGGACGCGAGCCGCUUCGCGUCGAGCAGCGCGACGAACAGUGUGUAUGGCGACGACUCGCUUUCUCAGCACGCGUACUUUGCGCCAUAUGCUGAUAUGCAGCAGCAAGGAGACAGCGAUGUGGAGAUGUUCACGCACUCGGAGGGAGGGUAUGAGGAGGAGGAUGGCGAGCUUGAGGGAUCGGGUGAUACGACGGAUGAGGAGCUUGUGGGCGAGGAUGAUCUCCCGAAUGAGCGCGCGAUGCGGCUGUUCAGUUUGCCGUUGUCCGUGUCGGCGAUUAACCCGCUUAGCACGGUUAGUAGUCCGGGUAUCAGUCCUGGUCUGGGUAGAGGCUUGGGAAGGGGUGGUGUGGAAGGAAGGGGCAGAGGCAGGAAGGAGAAGAGGAAGAGGGGGUUGGUGGGUAUGUGGGGGGCGGGUGCUGGACCAAGCGCUUUGGAUAUUUUGCAGGGAAGAGUCGUGUUUUAUGAUUCUGAUGAAGCGAUUUUCGACGAGUCGUCGGAGGAAUCGUCUUCUGAAGAGGAUUCGGAUGACGAUGAGGAAGGGGAUAGUGAUGAGGAGAUGGGCAGCGAGGAAGAGGAGGAUGAGGAUAUGAUCGCUCUUGGGUUCAGCAGCAGUGCCAGCGAGCUCGAGGCGAUGUCGCCGUCGGAGCUUGAGGAGUACGAGUAUGAUGGUGGCGCGUAUGGGUACGAGUGCGACGAGCGGAUGAUCAAGGCCAUGACGAACAAGCUGAGCCGGCGGAUGAUGAAAAAGCGCAAGGACAGCGCGAACGUCGGUGCGAGCGCCAGUGUUACGGCUGGGUGGGACGAGAAUCUCGCUGGUGCGGGUGUGGUGGACGAAGGUAUGGGCGUGGGCACGCCGGGCGGUGGAGGGAAGAAUAUACAUGUCAUCAAUAAGCAUAAUGCGAUGGCGAGGAAGAUGGCGCUGGCGGCGGCGGCGGCGAAGAACACGAAUGGGUCGGCGAAAAGGAGGAAGGCGAAGGGCGUUGACAAGGCCGCUGGUGCUGAGAGCGCGACGAUGCAUAGUGUGGAGAGUGUCAGGAGCGUGGUGAAGAAGAUGAAGAACAAGGAGAAGAAAAAUAAGAAGAAGAGGAAGAAGACGCCGACGGGUCCCAGGCAGGGCGUGUUCUCGCCGAGCAGGGAGACGCGCCAGGCGGUGAUUGGAGAUGAUGUCAAGGGCGCCGAUGUGCCCAGCCCACACCCGCGGUUUAUGGGCAGAAGGAGGGCGCCGAGGACGCCUGCUGUGGGGGAUAUCGGCAUGGGUAGUGCUGUCGAGCACCUUCUGCGCAGGCACCUGCACACCCUCAGCGCGUCCAUCUCCAGCACUGGCAGCAUCGCCGAUGCCCCGCCACCUUCUGUAUCGUCCGCCUCGACCCCUGCGGCUGGUGGUGUUGGUGUGUUAGCAAACGAUCCGCAUGACCCUUCGUCGCCUGCUGCCACGACCGACGAGCGAUCGCCGCUUGAGCUGCUGCUUUCGUCCGUUGCGGCCGUCGCUGCUGCUAAUUCUGAUAUGCAGGAUGACCAGGCAGUCAUUGGUGCGGGCGACGCGGGUGUUGUUGGUGACGCAGUCCAGGAGCAGGACGUUGCGAAGCCCAUUCAGCUGGACGAUGUGCUUGACGCGAGCUUCCUGGACGACCCCGAGGACACGCGCAAGUCGGCGGCUGAUGCUGGUGCGAGCAAUGUCGAAAAUGAUUCGGGUGCUAACGGCGAGGCAUCAUCGCCUGGUGGUCAAGAGCAUCAGCAACAAGAUGGACAGGAUCAUCAGUCUUCUGGCCAGCACCAGCAACACCAGGAAGAGAAUGUCCAUGUGCACAAGAAUCUCGCGCGCUGGGAUAUGAUCUCUGUCGGCGCGUUCCGCCAGACGAGGGAGAGCGGAUGGGGUGGGUUUGGGAUGGGUAUGGGUAUGGGUAUGGGCGGCAUGCAUACCCCGCAUUCGAGUGCGGAUUAUGGCAAUGUGAUAAAGAGCAGUCCGUUUAGCUCUGGGCGGUUGGGCCUUGGACUGGGCUUUGGCGCGUUGGCGGCGGGGAGUGGUGCUGGUGGGAGUGGGAGUGCCGGUUCGACGAGGACGCGGGGCAGUGACAAGCUCGCGAAACGGAGGAGGAUCACGAUGGGCGGUGGAUCGACGAUGUCGUCGCCUUUGAUUUUGCCGUUGGGCAGCGCGGGUGUUGGCGCGAGUGUGUCGAUGCCUGGCUCGCCGUCGUCUGCUAGCUCGGGAUUGGGGUUUAGUGCACAGUAUCAGCAGCAGCAAGCACAGACUCAGGCUCAGCAACAGCAGCAAAACCAGAAGAGCCGCAAAGAGCAGCGUCGGGAGCGCAAGUUGAUGAAGCGCAAGAGCAGCGGUUUGCAUGGUGGGUAUGCGUCGGCGCCGUAUGGGGGCGGGCACACGCCGCACCAUGGACAGGCGUUCCAUCAUCAUGUGCAUCAUCAUCACCAUCCGAAUGCGAAAGCUAGAAGCACGAGUGGUACGCAGAGGGGCAAUUUCUAUGCGACGGGUGUACCGCCUUUGAAUUUGUAG